AUGGCACGAUUUGUAGUCCUUGCGACGUCUCCGUCUCGUCCAAAGUUUGACAUUUUUUCAGUAACAAUCAAAUAUUUCUUAGUAACGAUUGAUGGGUACGACCCGCUUGAUGUAAGGGGGAAUGUAACGAUUCAAUGGGAUGUCACACAGAUAGAUUCCGGCACUUACAAUGCAGAUGUAACAAUAUAUAAUUAUCAACAAUAUCGACACAUUGAAUGGCCUCCGGGUUGGAGACUAAGUUGGGAGUGGCAGGAGCGCGAAGUUAUAUGGAAUAUGCAAGGAGCAGAAGCCAAGGAGCAAGGAGUGUGUAACAAAUCGUUAGGCACACCGCCUCCUCACUGCUGCUUGAGGCGUCCUGUGAUCAUUGAUCUUCAACCGGGAGCUAAGCUUAAUAAACAGGCAACUAAUUGCUGCAGAGGAGGAGUGUUAACUUCUAUGACUCAAGACCCUACUAAGUAUUCUGCACAUUUUCAGAUGAUUGUAGGGCUUGCCUCGAGUGAGGACUUGAAUCCAAAAAUGCCAAACAAUUUUAAAUUUGGUACUCCUGGUUAUACAUGUGGUGAUCCUGAGCUGGUUGUUCCUUCUACUAGAUUCCCUGAGGAUGGUGGACGUCGAUGGAGGCAAGCACUUAGUACACACAAGGUCAUCUGUACCUAUUCUCAAUUUAAAGCAGCACCUGCCCCUUCUUGUUGUGUUUCGCUCUCUGCAUUUUAUAGCCCGAUGAUAUCAUUCUGUCCUAAUUGUAGCUGCGGCUGCCAAGAACAACCUGGCUUACUAUGUGUCAAGAAAGGGCAGACACCUCUAAUUUUGCCGAAAUCACAGGAUCCAGAUUAUGUACCACCACCUCAGGUGAAUUGCACUAGCCAUAUGUGCCCAAUUCAUGUGCAUUGGCAUAUUAAGGAGAGCUAUAAAGAAUAUUGGAGGGUCAAGAUUACGAUCAUAAAUCUUAAUGUACGUAAGAACUACACCACAUGGAACUUAGCCGUUGAGCAUCCAAACCUCCAUGAUCUGGUGCAGGUUUUCAGCUUCAAUUAUGUGCCCCUUACUCAGGAUCGCCCAACCAACGACACCGGACUGUUCUGGGGGGUACAGUACUACAAUGAUGUGUUGCUGCAAUCAGGACUAAGCGGUAAUGUGCAGACUGAGAUGCUGCUGAGGAAAGUACCAGGGACCUUUACCUUUGAUGCCGGUUGGGCGUUCCCGAAGAGAAUUUAUUUCAAUGGAGAAAAUUGUGUUAUGCCUCCACCCAGUGAUUUUCCCAGACUGCCUAAAGAGAGUCAGCAUGUCAGGCAAUAGACCAGUCUAACUAAUGUACAUCAGUACUGCCAUACAUCCAAAUUUUUACUUCUCAUAUCACAUUUGUUUUUAGAAUAGCCACAUUCUAUUAUUUUUUUUGAGUUCUUAGCUUUUAAUCAUGAUGCUUUAUGUUCUUGUUACAUUAGUGUGUAAUCUCAGGUAACAUGCAGGCAUUUUAAACUGAAUUCAAUCAUGUUUGGAGGCCUGAUAUUUGGUUUAUGACUUCAUUGGCGUGGACUUGUGUUUCUAUAUGCCAACACCAGCCAUCUUCAUUAUGCAGAAUGCCAAUUAUAAACAACUUUCUAAAGAACACCAUUGGUGACCUAACA